AGUUCCAAUUGCACUCAGCAUUAAAAUAGUGAAGAAAAUGGUGACAUUCGUUGACCCUUAAAACCUACGGUUGCCUGCCUAACGCAAAUACCUCACAUGUUUUUAGCUUCUUCUCCACUAAAAUGCUUUUCUCACGGCGUUGCUACUGCUGCCACUGUCCCAACUCCUCACUUUUUCACUUCUUUUAUCAGUUAAAGCUGCAUAAAAACAAGAUCAUGAAAUCUCCAACCCCUCAUUCUUUUCACUAACAACAAUGAACUUCUUUCAGUCUACUAUUCUCUUCCCAUUUCUCUACAACAACAAGGCAAAGAAACCUGGGUUGUGGUUGAUUUGGCUAUGGGGGUUUAUCUUAAUUGGUGUCUCCUUUUAUGCUACUCAAAUUAUGCCAUUGACAUCUUCUUUUAAAGGUCAGAUAAAAAAGACCAUACUUUUCAAUGGUGAAUUGAAUGGUCCCACUAUUACUAUAUUUACAGCACCAAGGCCUUUUAUGGGUACUGUUGGGGAAAGGCAGGCUGUUGCUAUUCAAUCUUGGCUUGGCUUAUCACCAGAUAUUAGUGUUGUUCUUUUCAGUCAUGAUCCUUCAGUUUUCUCCUUUGCUGGAUUAUUAAGUCCCCGGGUAUCAGUUGAGCCAAACAUCGAUUUCACGUUCCUUGGCACACCAUUUUUUCAUUCCAUGGUUGCAAGGUCAAAAGCAUCAUCUUCAGAUGUUUCUGUUGUGAUUGAUCCAAACACCAUAAUCUUACCAGACUUCAUUAAAACUAUCAGACAUGCUCAUAGACUUGAUCAUGAUUGGCUCCUUUUUUCUUCAUUGAAAAGUGUUCCCCACUUCCCAUUUCACUUGGAUGCAGAUGGAAAACAUUGGCUCCGAGAUGAUGGAAGCCGAGUGAAGAACCUAAAGGAUGUCCUUUCACAAGAAUGGAAAUGGAACUUUUGUGAAGGAAAAAUGCUAAUAGCGUGGAACAAUGGAGAUCUUCCUUUGCAUAAAGGAGUCCUCCCCGCUUUUAUAUAUGGGAAGGGGCUUCAUAACCGCUGGCUUAUAAAUGAAGCUCUGCUAUCUGAUUUCAGAUUUGUCUUUGAUGCUAGUUGGGCCAUUUCAAAUUUCUACCUUAAUGACCUUGACCAGGAUUUCGAUCGUGCAAGUGAAGAUUUUCUUGACCUGGCUACUGGAAAAAGGUUUUGGGAAGUUGCAGGGAACUCCAAUCUGGCAAUGCUUUAUGGAUCAUUAUAUUUCCAUGAACAGAACUUCUCUAACAUAUUUAGACUUCUCCAGUGUGGAGGACACUAUCUCUUCAUAAAUUCCGCACAAUUGGUUGUUUACCCUUUGAGAUACAAAGGAUCAUUGAGUUUAAGAAACGAAGUAUUGUUCAAGUCAACAAGAGAGAAAAAUAUUUUGGAAUGCAUUGAUACUAUCAGAUCAACUGAGCGAGCUAAAGAUUGCUCUGUGAAGGACCACUUGAAUGUGUUGAUCCCGAUUUCGCUUCCAUUAUCUUUAGAAACACUACUGUCCCUUCGUGCAGACAAAAAUAAGACAGUUGUGCUAGCAGUUGUUGGGUAUAAUUACAAGGACAUGCUAAUGAGUUGGGUCUGCAGGCUGAACCAUCUCCAAAUCUCUAAUUUUUUGGUCUGUGCUCUUGACGAUGAUAUAUAUGAUUUCUCCAUCUUGCAGGGCCUAGCCGUCUACAAGUAUGCCAAUCUUGAAACCAAUAUCAGCUUUGACAACUGUCAUUUUGGAACUGAGUGCUUUCAGAAAGUAACCAAAGUUAAGUCCAGACUGGUUCUGCAGAUACUGAAGCUAGGUUACAAUGUAUUAAUGAGCGAUGUUGACAUUUAUUGGUUCAAGAAUCCACUCCCCUUGCUUAGCUCGUUUGGCCCUGCAGUUCUUGUGGCACAAUCAGAUGAAUACAAGUUGACAGGACCUAUAAACUUACCUCGACGUCUGAAUUCUGGGUUCUAUUAUGCUUAUUCGGAUGCUAUGACUAUUGCUGCUCUUGAGAAGGUUGUGAAGCAUGCAGCAAACUCAAAUCUUUCUGAGCAACCAAGCUUCUAUGAUACAUUGUGCGGGGAAGGUGGAUACAAUCGCAUAGAUGACAGCAGAUGCUUAGAACCUCAAACGAACCUGACCGUUCAAUUCCUUGACAGAGACCUCUUUCCGAAUGGCGCAUAUAAAGAUCUUUGGCAAGAAAGAAAUGUGAAGGAAGCCUGCUUGGUGAAGGGUUGUUUUAUUAUUCAUAACAACUGGAUUAGUGGGAGAAGGAAAAAGCUAGAACGUCAAGUGCCAUCAGGGCUCUGGGAAUACGAUAUGAGCACAAGCAUGUGUUUGCAGGCGUGGCACAAAACAAAAUUUGUAUAUUUUUGAAACAACAAAAACUUGGAUGCUUUUGCUGCUUCUUGUGUCAUGGAAAGCUUUGGUUUUGCCGGUUGAGGAGAAUACAAAGAGAUUUUAUUGUUGGAGGAUAUAAUUUUCUAUUUGGCCUUUGGAGUUAUCACUUGAUUCAUUUGAGAUAAUGUUAAGUUCAUCAUGGCUGGCCUAGAGAAACAAAAUAUGUUUAUUAUGCUGGAGACCUUGUUUAUAUAGAGAUAUCUGACUACAACAACGCUCCUAUUUUUUCUGUUUCUGAUCCAUGAUGCUCGUAAUUUUUGUGGCUUUCUAUUUGCUGGAAAUGCUGAAGCUUUGUGGUAACAAGUCAGGACGAGGCCGGAACACCGACAGAGAAUCUGGGAAAAGGAAAAAGUUGAAGGAAACUGAUUCUUUUAGCCUGAGUUUACAACUUAAGGAUAUCACUGUGCGGAUAGUUCAUCCUGGUGGGAAGGUAGAUAUGUACGAAUGUGCCAUUUCUGCAGCUCAGUUAUUAAAGAAUUAUCCAGGAAGGCACGUAGCUCUGCCGGAUUUUUUCAAUCGUCCCCAUGAAUCUCUUCUCGCUGCAGAUGAUAUUCUAUUGCCAGGGCAAAAGUACUUUGUAAUCCCAUCUAGUACGGUAGAGAAACUGAAGCGCAAAGCAAAACAUCCCACUGAAACCGAGGAGCCUAAGUUGGACCGCGAAGAAGUUGUGGAUGUAAACGGAGAUUGCUUAGAGAACUCUGUAUCUUUUGCAAAGGACUUUUAUGCCUCCAAAGAGAGAUGGUCCGGUUGGUUAUGGAAGAAAAGGCAGCAGGAGAACAAGCCAUUUGUACCUCCUAUCCCCACACCAAAACCAUGGAGGGCUUCGAGAUGGGAACCUAAUCUAAAUUCAAUAGAGGAGAUUUCGCCAUGAGUAUCCUCUCAUCUGAUUCCCAAACCACUUUAACUAGUACCAAAGAAUCUGGUAUGUCAAUUUUUUCAUGUUGUUUAACUGCAAAGUUCUAUCUUCAUCUAAGGAGAUAAUUGUUUUUUCAUAUCAGUUUUGAUUGCCUGCUCUUUUCAGUUGCUAUCUCUCAAUUUUGCUAGACUUAGUCAUUAUUUGUGUUGGUUACAAAUGUUACGUGCUGAAAAGAAGCUGGAAAGACAAGGAAGGAGAAAUACUGUAUAAUGUAAUAUACUGUUAUGUACUUGUACACCACAUAAACAGACAUAGGUCUGACUUUCCAAGAAACAAAAGUAUCUUUGUCGUC